UGGAGCGACACAGGGAGAGGACAGAAACCUCGACGCUUCGCUCUCCGGGACUUACAACCCCUUCCUCUAAUUCUUGCAACAUUUGCCUCCAAAUGUCCUUCUUCCUCACGAGUUAACGGUCAAUUUCUUAUUGUACUAAGAUUUGUUUUAGACCUCAAACUUUUUUAUUUCAACCGGAUCGAGCGAACAGGUGGAGAUGAUGGCGAGCCUACCGGCGGCGCUCUCCCCGGAUCUGCGCACCCAAACGCGGGUCGCGCUGCUGCUCUGGCCGCUGUUGCUGACCUGCGGCACCUUGGCGUCGGCGCAGGAGCUGCAGACCAACGGUCUGAACGGAUACAGCCUGCACCCGCCAUACUUUAACCUGGCCGAGGGCACCAAGAUCUCCGCUACGGCGACCUGCGGAGAGGAGGACACCGGCCGGAGCGUGCAGGACCUGUACUGCAAGCUGGUGGGGGGGCCCGUGUCCGGGGACCCGAGCCAGACCAUCCGGGGCCAAUACUGUGACAUCUGUAGCCAGGGCGAGAGCGACCGCGCCCACCCCAUCACCAACGCCGUCGACGGGACGGAGCGAUGGUGGCAGAGCCCGCCUCUGUCCCGCAACACCGAGUUCAACGAGGUCAACGUCACCCUGGACCUGGGACAGCUCUUCCAUGUGGCCUACGUGUUGAUUAAGUUUGCAAACUCUCCCCGCCCCGACCUCUGGGUUCUGGAAAGAUCCGUGGACUUCGGGCAGACCUACAAACCCUGGCAGUACUUUGCCUCCUCAAAGAGAGACUGUAUUGAGCGUUUUGGCCAGCAGAGCAUCGAGAGGAUCAGCAAUGAUAAUGACGUGAUCUGCACCACUGAAUACUCCCGUAUCGUCCCGCUGGAGAAUGGAGAGGUCGUGGUGUCCUUGGUGAACGGUCGGCCUGGGGCCAUGAACUUCUCCUACUCUCCGGUCCUCAGGGACUUCACCAAGGCAACCAACAUCAAGCUGCGCUUCCUGAGGACCAACACGCUACUGGGACACCUGAUGGGCAAAGCUCUGCGGGACCCCACUGUCACACGCAGGUAUUACUACAGUAUCAAAGACAUCAGUAUCGGAGGACGCUGUGUGUGUAACGGACACGCUGAGUCCUGCAACGCCAAGGACCCCAACGACCCCUACAAGUUACAGUGUGAUUGUCAGCACAACACAUGCGGCUUGUCUUGUGGCCAGUGUUGCCCCGGAUACCACCAGUUACCAUGGAAACUGGCCAACACGUACAAGGCUAACGAGUGUGAACCGUGUAACUGUCACCGUCACUCCUUCGACUGUUACUACGACCCCGAGGUGGAUCAGAGGAGAGCCAGCAUCGACAUGCACGGACACAACCGAGGGGGGGGCGUCUGCCUCAACUGCCAGCAUCACACCACCGGAGUGAACUGUGAGCGCUGCAUCCCCACCUUCUACAGGUCACCUGACCAAUCCAUCGACUCCCCAUUGGCCUGCUCACGCUGUGAGUGUCAGUCAGAGUUUACAGACGGUACCUGUGAGGAUCUGACCGGUCGCUGCUUCUGCAAACCAAACUACAGCGGAGAGAACUGCGACUCCUGCGCCGGCGGCUUCAUGAACUUCCCCGACUGUUACCCUAUUCCCACUUAUCCGACCAACAACAACAACGGCGAGGCCAAACCAGCAGGAGAGAUCAUCAACUGUGAGUGCAGUGCAGCCGGCACCGUGGAUAACUCCUGCCGGCCGGACCCCCGCACUCGGACCUGCGUCUGUAAGCCGGGUUUCACUGGAGACCACUGCGACACCUGCGCUCCUGGUUUCCACGGACUCAACUGUCAGGCCUGUCAGUGUUCAGGUCCCGGAUGUCAGGACGGGUCAUGUGACUUUGUUACCGGUCACAGCGUGUGCCGGAGCGGUUUCCAAGGUUACCAGUGCGACCAGUGUGCGCCAGGCUACAACAACUACCCGCUCUGCCAAUUUUGUGCCUGCAGUUCGGUCGGCUCUCUGCCUGAAGGCUGCGAUGCGUCGGGUCGUUGUCUCUGUAAACCAGAGUUUCAGGGUCCUCGAUGUGAACAGUGCAGAUCUGGAUUCCACUCCUACCCCAACUGUCAAGUGUGCAGCUGUGAUCCUCGCACCUCAUUGGACAGCAGCUGUACAGCAUCAGGGCACUGCCACUGCCAGCCCAAUUACAGCGGAGCGUCAUGUGACCAGUGCGCUCCUGGUUACUAUGGUUUCCCAAGCUGCACACCCUGCCAGUGUUCUGCUCAGGGCUCUCGCUACACCAGCUGUGACCAGCUGACGGGACAGUGUGUGUGUGUGCCCAACGUGGCGGGGCUGAGGUGUGACAGCUGUGCAAACGGCGCCUACGGCUUCCCCAACUGCCAAGCUGGUACCUGCCACCCUGCCGGCUCUGUUCAGUACGUGGUGCCGCCUCCAGUGGGCCAGUGUGAGUGCCGGCGCCAUGUGGAGGGCCCGGCCUGCGACACAUGUAAACCUCUGUACUGGAACCUCUCCCCCGACACUUCUGAUGGAUGCACCAACUGUGAGUGUAACGUUGCCGGGACGAUCAGCGGUGUGGCAGAGUGUGCACAGGGGUCUGGUCAGUGUCACUGUAAGCCAAACGCCUGCAGUGGAACCUGCUCCACCUGUAAAGACGGAUACUACAACCUGCAGGAACAAAACUACUUCGGCUGCCAGGGUUGCCAGUGUGACAUUGGAGGUUCAGCAGGUCAGUCGUGUGGAGAGAGGAACGGACGCUGUCGCUGCAGACCCAACGUGGAGGGACCCAAGUGUAAUCUACCUCGUCCGGAUCAUUACUUCCCCGACCUCCAUCAUCUGAAGUUUGAGAUUGAGGAGGGCACCAUGCUGGACGGCAGACCGGUGAGGUUUGGCUACAAUCCUCUGGAGUUCACCGGCUUCAGCUGGAGAGGUUACGCCCAGAUGUCGCCCAUCCAGUCCAAGGUGUUGGUUUCGGUGUCGGUCAGCUCUCCAGACCUCUUCCACGUGGUGCUGCGCUACGCCAACAGGGGGGGUGCAGAUGUUCUGGGCCGGGUGUCGGUCAUUGAGGACACUUGGAGCUACUACUGUGGUAACUGUUCAGAGCAGUCCAAACAGAUCGUCUUUGCUCCUAGUGUGGACCCCACUUUUGUAAACGUUCCCCAGAACAACUUUGUGGAGCCGUUCGUCCUGAACCCGGGAACCUGGACCGUGGUUAUAGAGGCGGAGGGAAUCCUGCUGGAUUACCUGGUGCUGCUUCCCAGUGCCUACUACGAAGCUCCCAUCCUGCAGAUCAAAGUCUCUGAGCCCUGCAGCUACAGCGCAGUGCCUGAAGCCAAUCAGAACUGUCUGCAGUACAGAUAUCUGUCUCUGGACUCCUUCCCCUCCAUCGCUGGUAACGAUGCAAGCUGCCGCAACGACAACCACCUGCCGCGCCCCUGCCCGACGGAGAGGGUGACCCUGCGCCACCCCGAUAUGGCCGUGUGCAGCGGCUUCGAUAUCAGCGUUGAGCUGAGAGGUCGCCUCCCGUCUGCAGGGGAUUACGCUCUGGUCGUGGAAUAUUCCAGCGAGGAAGAGCUGCCACAAACUCUCGCCGUUGCUGUGAACAUGCCGGGAUCACGAACACACGAGCACCGCGUCAACCUGCUGCACUGCAAGUACAGCUUCCUGUGUCGAGCCGUGGCCAUCGAUGGGCAGAACAGAGUGGCCGUCUUCUCUCUCCCCGAGAACGCAGAGAUCCAGCUGAUCUCCGACCGCGCCAGCUUCUUCCUGCACAAAGUGUACCUGGUGCCUAAAGAUCAGUUCACCAUGGAGUACGUUGAACCUAAAGUCCACUGCAUCAGCACUCAUGGACAGUUCUCACCUGACAGCUCCUCCUGCGUCCCUUCACGCUUCCAGACCCCGUCAGACUCUCUGGUGCUGAAGGAGGGCCAGAGCUCCUCCAUGCAGGAGCCCAUCCUGGCCUCUCCUGCAGCCGCCCCCCCGCUUUCCGACCACCAGAGCGACGCCUCCCUCUGGACGGGAGGAGACAGACCUCCACACGGAGCGGAUAACAGCGACCACGUCAGGCUGGACUCACUGCAGAAUGCAGCUGUGUACUCCACCCGUGUCCAUGCUCUGGGGCGUUACGUCUUCAUCCUCCACUACCACCAGCCCCUGCACCCUAACUACGCCGUGCAGGUCUACAUCAACGGUGGAAGAAUCUGGCAGGGCCACGCCAACGCCUCCUUCUGUCCGCACGCUUACGGCUGCCGUAACGUCCUGGUCUCUGAGAACCAGAUCAUUCUGGAUGUGACGGACCACGAGGUCUUCAUCACCGUGCAGAUACCUGCCGGCAAGACGCUCUGGCUGGAUUAUGUGCUGGUUGUCCCUGAGACGAGCUACAGCUCCAGCUACCUGAACGAGGAACCUCUGGAUAAAUCCUACGACUUCAUCAGCAACUGUGGCCAAAACAGCUUCUAUAUCAAUCCUACCACCGCCUCUCUGUUCUGCCUCGGCUCGGCGGUCUCUCUCUCCGCCUUCUUCAAUAACGGAGCUCUGCCCUGCGCCUGCCACGAGGUCGGAGCGGAGAGCGACUCCUGCGAGCAGUUCGGCGGUCAGUGCCACUGCAGGCCCAGCGUGAUUGGCCGAGACUGCUCCAUGUGCGCCACGGGCUACUGGGGAUUCCCCAACUGCAGACCCUGUAACUGUGGGACGAGGUUGUGUGAACCGGUGACCGGCGACUGUAUCUGCCCUCCGAGGACGGUGCUCCCAGAAUGCACUCAGUGUGAGCCCCAGUCGUUCGGCUGCCACCCCGUGGUGGGGUGUGAGGUCUGCAACUGCUCCCGGCCCGGGGUCGAGACGCCCGAUGUGAGCUGUGACACCCUCAGCGGACAGUGCAGAUGUAAGGACAACGUCGUCGGCCGUCAGUGUGACCGCUGCUCUCCUGGUUUCUAUGGUUACCCCAAAUGCAGGCUAUGUGACUGCAACGAUGCAGGAACUGAAGAGGAAGUGUGCGACUACUUCACAGGACAGUGUCUCUGCAAGGAGAACGUCCAGGGCUCCCGAUGCGAUCAGUGCAGAAUUGGUACGUUCCACUUGGACCCAACCAACCCCAAGGGCUGCACCAGCUGCUUCUGCUUCGGAGCCACGGACCGCUGCCGCAGCUCUGAGAAGAGACGCACCGAGGUGAUGAACAUGGACGGCUGGGUGUUGCUUGGAGCAGACAAACAGGAAGUACCGGUCGUAGUGUAUCCGGGUCAGGACCUUGUGGAGGCCGACCUCAGCGAUGUGCCCGACGUCUACCAGGACCUGCACUGGCACGCACCAAAGACUUACCUGGGGGACAAGGUCUCAUCUUACGGAGGUUAUCUGAGGUACCGUCUGCACACUCAGACCAUGAGAGGAGACGUGCUGUCUCUGCCUGCUGAAGCCUCCAGGCCUGACAUCAUUCUCAAGGGUAACCAGAUGACCGUGGUGUUCAUGGAGCGAGAGUACUCCUCACCUGAAGAUCCUCACCUGGGAAUAGUUCACAUGGUGGAGGGAAGUUUCCGCCACGCUCAGACCGGUAACUCUGUGUCCCGUGAGGAGCUGAUGAUGGUCCUGGUGGGUCUGGAGUCCCUUCAGAUCCGGGCCCUGCACUCCCAGUCGGCCCACUCUGUGUCCAUACGCGGCACCGUGCUGGAGGCCGCAGACACCCUGCCCGCUGGUCGCCACGCCAACAACGUGGAGAUCUGCAUGUGUCCCGCCAACUACCUCGGAGACUCGUGUCAGAAAUGCGCUCCAGGUUUCUACAGAGACACUAUUGGUCUGUUUUUGGGGAAAUGUGUUCCCUGUAACUGUAACGGACACUCUGAUCACUGUAUGGACGGAUCUGGAAUCUGUUUGGACUGCCAGCACAACACGGCCGGUGACCACUGUGAGACGUGCCGGGGUGGUUUCCUUGGCAACAACAGUCUUGACGGACAGGCGGUGUCAUGCUCCAGUUGCCCCUGCCCACUGAGGGUCGCCUCCAACAACUUUGCAGAGGGUUGUGUGCAGAAGACUGACAAGAUGCAGUGUCUGUGUAUGCCGGGUUACGCUGGCCCUCACUGUGAAAGGUGUGCCCCCGGUUACUACGGCAACCCCAUGGUGCUGGGCAGCAGGUGCCAGCUGUGUCACUGCAGCGGCAACAACGACCCCAACAUGCUCUUCACCGACUGUCACCCUCUGACCGGCGUGUGUCUGAGCUGCAUGCACGACUCGGCCGGGCCACGUUGUGACAUCUGCGCCCCCGGUUUCUACGGAGACGCCAUCGACGCCAAAAACUGCACCAAAUGUAACUGCUCUCCAUGCGGCACCGAGUCAUGUGACCGCCACACUGGACAGUGUCGCUGUAAAGCCGGAGUCACCGGACCGCACUGCGACCGCUGUGAGGACGGCUCGUUCGGCUUCGAGUCGUGCUCCGGCUGUCGGCACUGUGACUGUGAGGCGUCUGCAGCGCUGGUGCAGCCGUGCGACCCUCAGAGCGGGCAGUGCGCCUGCCGGCCCGGGGUCAACGGAACCAGCUGCAAACAGUGCGCUCCGGGACACUGGGACUACGGACCUAACGGCUGCAAGGAGUGCAGCUGUAAAGGAGGGCGCUGUGACCCCCGCUCUGGAGAGUGCCGCUGUCCCAACGGGAUGACAGGAAAACAGUGUGACUCCUGCUCAAACAAAUUCAACGUACCUGUAGAGCAGCAACAUGGCAUGCACUGUGAACCGUGUGACAGCUGUGUCAUCGUCCUGUUGGAGGAUCUUGAAAAAAUGAGCGAGGACUUCCGCUCGGUGACCGGUCAGCUGAGCAGCCUGAACGCCAGCUCCAUGGCCUGGGCUCAGCUGCACAACCUCAACAAGUCUUUGGAGGACGUCGCUCGCGCCAUAGAGAACUACAACAGUACGCUGGAUGACAGCCGGAGUCGGACCGACGUGCUCGAGGCUGAGAUCGCUAAUAUCGACGAUGACAUCACUGAGCUGCAGGACAAGGCGACAGCGGUGACCUACAAAGCGGGUAACCUGGGCAACAGCACCAUUAAAACACACCAGAGAGCGGAAGACCUGCUGUCCUUUAUCAACAACAUAACCAUGGAUAUAAACGAAAUCUUGAUGAUGGCGAACCGGUCCUUGCUGAAUAACACGGAGGCGUACCAGGACGACGAUGAGAGGGAGAGGAAGAUGAGGGAGGUGCAGGCCAUGAUGAGGGAGAUGAGGUUCAGGAGCUGCGUGGGCCAGAAGAAGAUAGCUGACAGGGAGAAGACCGAGGCGCAGAAAUUGCUGGAUCGUGUUAACAAGGAGUUGGCCAAUCGUCAGGGAAAAAACAGCGACAUGGCCAAGACUAUCAAAGACCGCCUGGCACGCUUCCACUCGGAGAUGAUGGAUCUGCGAGACGCCCUGAACGAAGCCGUAAACAACACGGCCAGAGCCGCGGAGAUCAACAACAACAAUGAGAAAACGCUGGAGGACAACCAGAGGAGGGUAGAUGACCUGGUGAUGAAGCAGAAGGAGGUGGAGGAUCAUUUGCAGAUGGCUGAAGAUGACGUAGCGCAUGUCAACGAUGUGCUGUCCACGCUGCACGACUCCAAAGAGGAGUACGAGCGCUUGGCGGCGCAGCUGGACGGCGCCCGGACACCUCUGGCAACUAAAGUGCAGCACUUUGCUUCGGCCGAAUCCAAAAUUCCUCUGGUGGAGGAAGCAGAGAAACACGCGGAGCUGCUGAACACUUUAGCCAUGAACCUGACCGAUUUGGUUGCAGAAACCAAGAAGGGGGGACUUGUGGAUGUGACACAAUCCUACAACAAGAUCAUCAACAGCAUCAAGGACGCAGAGGAGGCCGCCAAGAUGGCUGAAAAGGCUGCAAACGACACUAUGGAGAACAUAAAGGACCAGGAUCUCAGUCAGAUCGCAGAUUCUCUGAGGAACCACAGCGUGGAGCUGAAGGACGAAGUGGAGAAGCUGGGAGAUGAACUCAACAACGAACUGAAGCCGCAGCUGGAAGACGCUGAGAGGCGACUGAAGGACGCCAAAACCAAACAGCUCGACGUGAUGAAAGACCUGGAGCUGGUUCAGAAGAACCUCAACUUCACCUCAAAUGUGAGUCAGGAGAUCAGCAAGGCGAAGCAAGCGGCUGAUUUAGCGAACACCACGGCCACACAGAUCAACGAUGCCCUGCGUCCCAUUAAAGAGAAGCUGGACCAAUGGCAGCAGACGUACGGGGACGCCAACGCCACCAACGAAGACAUCAACAACGCCCUGAUGGAGGCCAACAAAACUGUGCACACGCUGGGUGAUACUAUUCCUCUGCUCAUGAAGAAGUUGGACAAACUGCAGAACCACUCGGCGCAGAUGCCAAACAUCUCGGAGAACAUCAGCCGCAUCCGGCAGCUCAUCCAGCAGGCGCGCAACGCUGCCAGCAAGGUUGGCGUGCCGGUAAAGUUUAACGGGGGGGCGGGUGUUCAGGUGCGAACGCCACACAACCUGGCCGACCUCGCCGCCUACACCUCCCUGAAGUUCUACAUCACUCUGCCGGAGGCGGCCCGCGCCCGUCGCCAGGACAACAGCGACAAACAGUUCAUCUUCUACCUCGGCAACAAGGAUUCCAGUAAGGAGUUCCUGGGCAUGGCGUUGGUGGGGAAGAGACUGCUCUGGUACUUCAACAUUGGAGGAGAAACUGCUGAGGUGCUGAUGCCUGAAGAAGUCAAAUCUAAUGGGGACUUCAACAGCAUCGUGCUGGAGAGGGUCCUGCAGUACGGUCAGAUGUCGAUGUCUUCAGAAGCGGAGGGAGACCCUCUGGUCACUAAAGCCUACCAGGAGGCGAGGGGGGAUCAGGGUCUGCUCAACCUCCUCACCGACAACACUGUGUUCUACGUGGGAGGGUACCCCAAAUCCUUCAAGCCCCCCGCUGAGCUCGCUCUGCCGAACUUUAAAGGUUGCAUCGAGCUAGAUACGCUCAACGAGGAAGUGCUGAGUCUGUAUAACUUUGAAAGCGUCUUCAAACUCAACACCACCGAGGAGAAACCCUGUGGCAGGCUGAAGCCGGUGCUGACUCAGCCCUGGGUGAAUGACGGGUCGUAUUUCGACGGUACCGGCUAUGCUGAGAUCACCUUUUCUGAAGAAAUGCCUCGAGUUCAGCGUUUCGAACAGGAAGUGAAGCUGAUCUCACACAACGGCAUUCUGCUCCUGCUGCAGAAGGAGGAUCAGUUCCUGUGUCUGGUGGUGCUUAAGGGCAUCCUGAGAGUUUUCUACGACUUCACUGGUGUUCUGGUGGAGCUCCAGCCCAAAGACCCUUCAUCUGAAUUCUUGAAGAUCAGUGACGGCGACAUCAAAACUCUGGAGAUCCUCAUCAUGCAGCUGAACCGCAUCGUGGUGAGGAACUCCCGGAAAGUCCUCUACAGCCAAGAGUUCACAGAGAGCAUCCCCCCCUUCGACGGCAACUUCUACCUCGGAGGAGUCCCGGAGAACAAGAUGCCACUGAAGUUGAAGUCCAUGUUCCCUAAGCAGGGCUCUCUGAAGGGCUGCUUCAGGAACGUCAAGUCUCCCGGAGGCGCCCACAUCGACCUGAAGAGGAUGAAGAGCUCCGGAGUCAGCUUCGGCUGCAACAGCGACCUGAUGGUGGCUCGUGAGGCUCAUUUCUCCGGGCAGAGCUACCUGGACUUGGCUCUGACAAACAUCCCCAGCCUCAGGGACAACUUCUACGCCAGCUUCAGCUUCAGGACGGAUCAGAAGGAGGGACUCAUGUUCUACCACCACGAUAAGGUUGGAGUGUGUCAGGUGUUUUUGCACGAGGGCCACGUGGUCGUGAGAGCUGGAAACAGUGAGAUGAAGACGCUGAAGACGUACAACGAUGACAACAGCCACUACAUCUCUUUCUACAACAACAACAAGGGGAUGCGUCUGUACAUGGACGAUUCCAUGGAGAAAGCGAAGGAGAACCGGAUGGAGAGAAUAGCGGGGAGGGUGACGUCCACAGAGGGAACAACCUUCAUCGGAGGAACGCCCAACCAAAGCCUCAGCAACCUCACCGGAUGCAUCAGCAACGUUUUCAUCAAGAGGAACACCGACACUCAGAUGGUGUUGAACCUGUUAAAAGUGAAAGAAAAUGUCAACGUUCCUAUGGACUGUCCCGCUGCCAAAAAGCCUCAGCAGAUCAUCUCCUCUCAGCCCAAACAGAGCAACAAACCCAAGGGGAAGAACAGGAAGCCGUCGGGGUCUCGCAGCCGGAACACCAGGGAGUCCUGCCAGGCGGAGCUGUCGCAGCCGGAGGCCGGAGCCAUGCAGUUCAGCGGCUCCACACACAGCUUCCAGAGAUACGACUCCCUGCCCAGCUCGCUCAGCACCAUGCUUCACAUCUCCAUGGCGCUGCGGAUCAACUCCUCCGAUGGCCUGGUGCUGUCAGCGGCCUGCGGGCAGCGCGGCGACGCUGUGAUGUCACUCGGCGCCUCGGACGGACACCUGCUGCUCGAUAUGUACGGAGGGAAGAAGAAGAUCAGCCUGCGCAGCCGCAAGAAGUACAACGACGACCAGUGGCACACGGUGUUUAUAAAGCGUGAUGGAGGGAAGAUCAUUCUGAUAGUGGACGGUAUCAGCGCUCAGUCCAAGAAAGUCCCCGGGAGAGACAGGACUCAUGUCACCGGGCCUGUGUACAUCGGGGGAUCUCCGACGGCUCCAGGCUCCGGUGGAUUCGUGGGUUGUGUCAGGGACCUGACGCUCAACGAAGCCCCUGCAGGAAACCCCACUUACAGCGAGGGGACGGUGCCCUGCUUCCAGACCCCUCUGCAGCCCGGAGCCUACUUCUCUGGACAGGGAGGACACAUCCUCAUAGACGAGUCCUUAGUUCUGGAUCGGGAUCUGGAGAUCCAGUUGGAGGUUCGGCCCGUCUCGGACUCCGGGCUGCUGUUGCAUGCUGGGACAACAGCUGAGAUGUACCUGAGUGUGGUCCUCAGCCAGGGACAGGUGACUGUUUCAAUAAACAGCGGCAAAGGUGAAUUCUCUACCUCCUUCACUCCUGAGGAGCCUCUGUGUAACGGACGCUGGCACACCAUCACAGUGGUGAAGAAGAACAACGUCCUGCAGCUCCGAGUGGACGCAGCCAGAGAGCAGAGCGUCGGCCCCAAACAGAGCCGCUCUGCAGGGGGCUUAGAGGCCGUUUACCUCGGAGGGGUCCCCGAUGGCGCCCCAGUUCCCGCUCUCCCCGCCGGUCUCCCUGCCUUCCACGGCUGCGUCAGCCUGGCGAUGAUUAACCAGCGCGCCGCCAUGCUGUCCAAACCGCUCGCUCUGCACGGAGCAGUGGGCACGCAGGGCUGCCCCCACAUGUAAACCCAACACACGCAAAAACAGUCUUAUCCUCACAUUCCCCGACUACAAAUUACUGGUGGUGGGUGCCAUGUUACUGUAGCUAAUUUAAAAUAUAUAUAAUAAUAUUUAUUUUCUAUUUUCAGAAAAAUGUAUAUUUUAUAUUUGACAGUUUGUCGUUAUUACUGGUUUGUUUCUGUGCUACAGGGUGCUAUAACAACAGCUGUCUGACUGUAGAGGUGCACUGAGUCACUGCUACCACAUAUCAAUUCUAAAACGUGUAGUAUAUUGUAAAUAAAGGCAACAAAGCUUUAACUUGCAAACAAAUGAAAAGUACAUUAUGUCAAUCAUUCAAACACAUUUCCUGAAUUAUGAAUUAUAUGCAUUAUGUUUUAAUAAGUGAACGAUGUGUACAGAUGUUUAUCGUGCAUCUCUAGCGGAGAAUGUUAAGAAUUCCUACUGAGUCGGUACACUGUAAUGUACGAGUCCUCAGGCAGCCGAUGGAAACGCUGCCUGUAACUGGGACAGGACUGAGCUUUGGGAAUAUCAGAGUUAAAUAAGUCUCUAAGAUGCGUUUAAUGAAAGGUUGAGUAAUUACAUUGACACAAAGAAAGAGGAGACAAGAGCCUUUAGGUCAUUGGCUGUUUGAUUUUAGUUUAAUAUUGUUGCUUGUGACCAUAAUCCUCUUGUCUCCUCGACAUUAAGGCAGAAGUCCACUUGUUCCUCCUUCACACAUAAUCGUGUAAUUCAAGGUGCUCAAGAUCUGUUAAAGUAAAGUAUGCUUACAAAGUUCUGUACAAAACGUGUUAAGACUGAAAGAUGUUAUCAAUAUAUUUUGCCUUCCAUAAGUGGGUCUUUUUUGACCCGGUGAGGUGGUUUUCUUGAAGUAUCUUUGUAAUUACAUUUUUUUAUCAUUUCAUAUUCCAGCUAUUCCUCAAA